AGAAGAAUGAGGUUAGUUUUAGUUGUUUAUUUAUUAUCGUAAAUAAUAGUAAAUCCAGGUGAUAUGGAGGAAGAUUUGGAGAUAGAAUGCUCGGACGAAGAACUGAAAGAUUCCAAACAACCGUGGGAGCCCAGACCCGAAGAAAUAGAUCGUUUGUAUACGAUGUUAGAAAAUGGCGGAACGCAGGAAUUGCAUUGGAAAUGCCCCGGCUAUCGGUCGCCCUCUCCGGAAGUAACUGAAGAUCCGGACGACGAGGGCGAAUCUAAAGGGCCGGACGAACCAACGGACUUCGAUUUCAUGGACGAAGUCACUUCGCCCAAAUUGAAAAUUCGCAAUAAAGGCGAAGAAACGCUCAAAGGCAGCGCUAAAAAGAAAACCACUUCCCUAGAUGGCGUUUUGAACAACAUGCGAAGGCACAAUUUACUCCCAUCUAAGAAAAAAACAUAAUUUAAAAUAACUAAUUUUA